UCCUGUUCUUAAACAGUUUACUCCUGUAUUCAGCAGACACAAUUCAAUAGUGCAUCAUCUGCCACAGGUGGUGUUGGAAGUACGAUUCCUGUUGUGCUCCAGCAUGAAGUGGUUGAUCAUUGUAGCUGCCUCUUUGGCAGUGGUGAGCUGUGCCAGCCUCUCACUGGAGGACCUGGAGUUCCAAGCAUGGAAACUCAAGUUUGAAAAAUCCUACAACUCCUUUGAGGAGGAGGUCCAACGUAAACUUGUCUGGCUCUCCACCCGCCGCAGGGUCCUGGCCCACAACAUCCUGGCUGACCAGGGCAUCAAGACCUACCGCAUGGGCAUGAACCAAUUCUCCGACUUGUAUGUUAUUCAUUUAUCCAUUCAUUUUCCUCUUCAACAGAACAACCAAGAAUACAAUCAGGCUAUCCUCUUGUCUCACUUCAAUCGCUCCAAUGCCAAUGCCAAUGCCCAAGCCUCAGCCCAGAAACUGGCAUUUGCCCCCAGACAGCAAGGGAGCGAUGCUGAGCUGCCCGCCUCAGUGGACUGGAGGCAGAAGGGCUGUGUGAUGAGGGUGAAAGACCAGCACCAGUGUGGAUCCUGUUGGGCUUUUGCUGCAAUUGCUGUGUUAGAGUCCCACACCUGUAUUGAGCACGGCUACCUGCCCUCUCUGAGCGAGCAGCAGCUGCUGGACUGCUCCCGUGCCUAUGGGAACCACGGAUGCCACGGAGGUUGGGAGACCGCGGCCUUCCAGUAUGUCAGUGAUAACGGCGGUAUAGACACGGACGAGGCCUACCCAUAUGAAGCAAAGGAUGCAAUCUGCCGCUUCAAACCGUCUGGAGUUGGCGCCCUCUGCCAUGGGCAUGUGGAACUGCCGUUUGGAGAUGAGGAGGCUCUAAAGGAGACGGUGGCGUUUGUGGGUCCUGUGGCUGUGGCAAUCGAUGCCGGACAGUCCUCCUUCCAGCACUAUGUAUCUGGUGUCCACUUUGACUCUCACUGCAGCAAGACGAUAACAAACCAUGUUGUGCUGGUGGUGGGUUAUGGAACUGAAGAUGGCCAAGACUACUGGCUGGUGAAGAACAGUUGGGGUGUCCAUUGGGGAGAUCAAGGCUACAUCAAGUUGUCCAGGAACCAGAACAACCAGUGUGGCGUCGCCUCUUAUGGAACUUACCCGCAAGUCUGAAGAUGAAGUGGUGGAUGAGACAGGAUAAGGCUUUCCUGUCCUAAUCACACAGUCCUGCUCUGUUUCAGGCUUUCAUCAGCUUCAUGUGAUUUCUGAGGUUUCCGACAACAUAGGCCCACAGAUGGUAGUUUUGUUUUCGAGGCAAGAAAAGGGGAAAUGUGAAAUUCCAUUUGUCUUGUCAUUUUCUUUCAGUGUUUACACUUUGUGUCAUGUAUUUAAUCUGCAUCUGCAGUAGUCAUUUACAUGUGGUAGUGAACAUUACAGCUACAGUGUAUAAUUAAGGAAAUUAAUUAGCAGAAACAGAAUAUAUGAAUCAAUUUGUUUUCAUUACCUUAGAAUGAGCCCUUUACAUCUACAUGAGAUCCGGCAGGCUACUCCAUGGAGAAAUCUUGUUACGGUAGCCCAGAAUUCAGCAAACUCACCUGAGGCUACACGCUCUAGUUUUAAGAAUCCAUUAUUAACAGUGCUUGUCAGAACAAUAUUAGAAGUCUGUUGAAUAGUUGAAUGUUUGCUAAAGUUUGUAUUUUUAAACCAUUUAUUGACUGUUUGUUAACAGUUCCUGUACACAAUCAUUCACUUUCAAACAAUAAGCAAUUUCAAAUA